CUCGAGUGCAGUCCUUGUAGCAGAGUUGCAUCUGGAAAUGUGCCGCGGCAUCUCUGGCCGAAUCUCCAACAGGCACUUCAGGACCACCAUGGCGGGUGCAGGUACUUAAGUACCUAUGUAUCUAUCAAUCAGCCAUGGAGGUUACCAAGGUAUCAACGAGCCCAAACUGCCAACUGUCAUAAGGCCCCUCCCCUCCCUGCCUCAAAACCGCUCAGAGCUCUCCUGCUUCUCUCCUGCCGACUCCUCCUCCCUCCUCCAUAUCGUCGUCGGUGCCAUACUUGCUUAUACGACAUUCAAUUGCCUACUACCACUACCAACGAGCCGACCACGCCGAAAGUGGGCUCUCCUCCGUUCUGCGGCUAUAGACCAUCCGGGUAUCGGAGCCAGAUCCCAGCUCACCUCACGGCCGGCCCACUUGUUUUUUGCGGCCAUACAUAGUAGUGCAGAGAUCUGCGAGACGGAGAAACCGUCGGCUGCGACCCUCGGCGCCUUCCUUGCUGUUAUUACUGUCGACUCUCGCUGGGCCUACUCCUGCUCCAAGUCCCGCGCCUCUCUCAACCUCGGCUCCUGAGCUGCUGUCUGCAGACUGUACUCUGUACCACGAAACCUGCCCUGCUAGGCCCUUUUUUGUAACACAGGCUACCUGGGUAGACUGCCUCACGAGCCUUAGUACCGCUUCCAAGGUUCCCCCACCCUCCAGCCCGCCCGUCAUGCGUCCCGCGGCCGCAGCAGCGACUCUUCGUCGCACGGCGUUCGCCUCUGCUCGCCCCAGCUUCAGGCUUUCUCCGGUCACAGAGGCAGUCCCCGCCCUCAGGGUCGCAGGAAUCAUGCGCACAAUGGCCACUGUUCCCAAGAUCAAGGUCAAGAACCCCGUCGUCGAGCUGGACGGCGACGAGAUGACUCGCAUCAUCUGGGAGGACAUCAAGAACAAGUUCAUCCACCCUUACCUGGACAUCGACCUCAAGUACUACGACCUGGGCCUCGAGUACCGUGACAAGACCGACGACAAGGUCACUGUCGACGCCGCCGAGGCCAUCCAGAAGUACAGCGUCGGGGUCAAGUGCGCCACCAUCACCCCCGACGAGCAGCGCGUGGAGGAGUUUAAGCUCAAGAAGAUGUGGCUGUCCCCCAACGGCACAAUCCGCAACAUUCUCGGCGGCACCGUCUUCCGCGAGUCGAUCAUCAUCCCCCGCAUUCCGCGGCUCAUCCCUGGCUGGGAGAAGCCCAUUGUCAUCGGCCGCCACGCAUUUGGCGACCAGUACCGCGCAAAGGACCGUGUCAUUCCCGGCCCCGGAAAGCUCUCCAUGGUCUACACCCCUGCCAACGGCGGCGCGCCCGAGGAGAUCGAGGUCUACGAUUUCAAGAGCGGUGGCGGUGUCGCCCAGACCCAGUACAACACUGACGAGAGCAUCACUGGCUUCGCGCACUCUAGCUUCAAGAUCGCCCUCGACCAGGGCCUGCCUCUGUACAUGAGCACCAAGAACACCAUCCUGAAGAAGUACGAUGGCCGCUUCAAGGACAUCUUCCAGGAGCUGUACGACACCCAGUACAAGCCAGAGUUCGAGAAGAAGGGCAUCUGGUAUGAGCACCGCCUGAUCGACGACAUGGUGGCCCAGAUGAUCAAGAGCAAGGGCGGAUACGUCAUGGCUCUGAAGAACUACGACGGUGACGUGCAAUCUGACAUCGUCGCCCAAGGUUUCGGCUCCCUGGGCCUCAUGACCUCUGUGCUCAUCACCCCUGACGGCAAGACCUUCGAAUCCGAGGCUGCCCACGGCACAGUCACCAGGCACUACCGCGAGCAUCAGAAGGGCAACCCCACCUCCACUAACCCAAUCGCAUCUAUCUUCGCAUGGACCCGUGGUCUUGCCAAGCGUGGACAGCUGGACAACACUCCGGAGUUGGUCGCCUUCGCCGAGAGCUUGGAGAAAGCCUGCAUCGACACCGUGGACAAGGACGGCAUCAUGACCAAGGACCUGGCAUUGGCAUGCGGCAAGGGCCAAGACCACGUUACCACCACCGAAUACCUGAACGCCGUCGAGAGGAGAAUGAAGGGUCUGCUGAAGCAGAAGUUGUGAUGAUGAGAUGCUCAGGAAAUUUCGAGCCACGGAGGUCGACCUCAGUCUCCUGCAUGGGGCCUUCAUGCGCCAUCGCAGUGGAAAAGAUCUGAGUGAACCAGGAUAUGCUGGAGCGAACGAGUCCAAGUCGACACUGACUGGUACGAGGCGAGACCAAGUCAUAUUGUAUUCUUGUCUGGGCAGAGACAGGCUCCGUCACUUACUGUACUCUGGAGGGAGGCACCCGUCUUUCUACUUUAUUGUUGUUCUUGCAUAGUCGGCCGUCUGACAAAUCCGCUUUUGGACUUGUUCGAUUUCAUUUCAUCUGCGCGCUACUGUGUUUCUGUCGAGCUGCUCUAUGACGCGCAAUCAUAAAGUCAAAGACAAGAGAAGACGUUGGAAUACAGGAUACAGGGAUACAAGAAGCCGCCGAUGGGUCAGCUCGUAUAAAAUGUAAAUACACAAAAUCAAAGAGAGCAGUACCGGGGCAGACAGAAGGGUGACCUCGCCGAUUUGCAAUUGGAUGCGUGCCUUGGCUCUUGAAGUUGCCACCAACAAGCUGGCUCUCGUGAGGCGGGUGUGCUUGAGGGCACGAUACAUCCCAGUCGCACGCCAUAUCUGCGCUUCACCGUACUUGUUU